UUGCUCUUUGCUACAUGCUACAAACUAACGAAUGGUUUAGACUUUAGAUGAAAAUAUGCUGUUUUAGAGACUUAGAAUUUUCUUACCACGUGGUUAAAAUAUCUACUAAAAAUAACCAUUCAGUCAGAGAGCCAGUCAGUCUUCAGUAGUGAGCAUUUACAAAUUUAAUUGGCUGAGGGCAUCGCAGAUUAGUGUUUGAAAUUGCUCUUUUGUUUUCAGACUUUAAUAGUCAUUUGCCUUGUUAUAAUUGAUGAUUAAAUAUUAAACAUUUAACGCUGAUUAAUCAAAUUAAAUUUCCCAAAAUGUUUGAAAAAAAUCUGAAAUCCCAUUGGACAAAAGGUAAUUUCAAACAUUAAACAGCAUUAAUAUCAAAGUAUUAACAAGUAAAACGAGAUAUCCCUCUCGUACUCGUAAUCAAUAACAUAGUUGGAACUGUUGUUCGCAGUGCAUUACCAUCUGUCGCAUGUUCACUGGGAGUAAGGAAUAAGGAUGUAGCGUGAGAUAUGAGGAUAUGACAGAAUGAUUUCAAAUAUAUUCCAGUUAAUGAAAGGACAAUGACCUGAACAAACACACAUACUUCCCGGAAGAUAUCAAAUACUCUUCAUUUAGAAGGCUGUAACUUCCGGAAUUGCAUUCUAUCUGAUCUCGGGUUGUAUUUGAUCGAUCGAAAAGAUAAAAUAAUGUUUGUUCACGUAAUUAAUAGAACAUGUCAGUGACGAAAUAAUUGAUAAAUUUCAUAAUUUAUGUUAUAAAUAAGACCUAAAGCUUAUUUCUGUGUCAGGUUUGCUUCCCAGUGCUGAUGUCGUGCGCGCAAUGUGCGGGUUGCAGACUAGCCCUCUGUAAUCCUGGGCUGUACGGAUUAAAUUGUAAUGAAACGUGUAAUCCUAACUGCCGUGCGGUUCCAUGUUCUUCGUGUUCGUGUGAAGUGUGUAACCAGUUCAACGGAAACUGUACAAACGGUUGUGAUUCGGGAUGGUUCGGUGCUAAAUGCGAAACAAUAUGUCCAGACAAGUGCAUGUACAUGGAAGGACAUUUAGAAAUUUGUAAUCGUGAAACAGGGAACUGUUUGUUCGGGUGCCAAAACGGUUACUAUGGAGAUAUGUGCAAUAACACGUGUCAUAUUGGAUGCACGGAUUCAUUAUGUGAAAACCCAAAUGGAACUUGUGUUAAAGGGUGUCUGGAUGGUUAUAAAGGGGAUUUUUGUGGUUCAUCUCCAGAUGAAGGUGGUCUGAACAAUGAUGAAAUUGCCGGGGCCCUCGGGGGAGCGUUUGUCGUCAUCUUGUGGGCAACCGUAGUUAUUGUUCUCAUCUUUGUUAUUUGGAGGAGACGUUUGAAAGACUAUGAAGUCUUUAACCGAAAUGACAAUUUCGGAAAUGAUUCAAACAGAAGCUCAAGCAGACGGCGUUUACGGCGACAUAGCAGUAGUUCGUCUGUAAGUGGAACAGCAAACCAUAUCCUUGCCGAGGAGCAUCAAUUCACGGAAGGCCAGAGACUGGUUCCUGUUCAUGUCAACAAACACAGACCUUUGAUUGAGAAAAGAUCAGUGACAUUCGAUACAGACUCGCCAGUACACUGCACGUGCACGUAUGGCGGAUCAUCACGAGACUUUUAUGUGUGCCAAGGUGUAGAGAUGGAACAGGAUGAAUAUGAACAAGAUCUACAAAAUCAUUUGCACGAAUUUCACGUGCAUUUUACAAAUGAACACGACACUGGACAAUUUCCUACGAGAAGAGCUUCGUCGGAGGGCGAUAUUAGUGAAUUAUCAGCUGUGUGGAAGCCUAUACGAUAUUAAACCACGGGAGGUACUUAUUUAAUGCAAGAGAGGUACUUAAGUAAUGUGGAAUUAUUUGUGGAAGACGUUCAAAUUCCAUUCCAAUAAUUAACGAUGACAUUCAAAACUGGUAUUGCUCAGUAUUUCUACUUAACAAUUCGUUCUAUAAAUUGUUUGCUUAAAUGCUAAAUACAACUACAUCUGUCGUGUGAUAUAAUAUGAUGGAAUUGUUUAUAAGAAAUCGUGUGGUAAAUGAGAAUAAAUAGUGAAUAUACAAUAUGCUUAGUAAAAUUAUGGAAUAACAACUCGAAGCUUAUGAUGCAGAAGUUCCUAAAAUGAUAGCACAUCCUCACUGAGUUUUAUCCUGUAUAUCAUUGUAAACAACUAGGCAAUAAACAUUAAAGAAUACUAAUGUCUGAGCCUA